AUGUGUCAACAAAUAACCAUCGUCCACAUGUGUGGAGACACACGGACUUCAUUUCAUCGGUGUGCCCACGCAUUGGAAAAUGACAUCAUGGUAAUGGCAUGUCCAUUCUACGAGCGGGAGACUGAAGAAGCAGCGGAUGGCGACUGCUCUUGCUCUCGUUGUUUUGAAGUAGCGAGAUUGCGUGCGGAGAAAUCUAAGCGAGUUUGCCCUUCCACCCGUGAAAAAAUGGGGUUACAUGUGGUACAAGGUCCAAAAACAGGUGGAGGAACAAAUCCGGAUUAUCCGACAAUAUUGGAGGAAGAAGACGAAGCUGAAGCUGAAGCUGAAGAAAGUGGUGUAGAAGACAAAGGUAAGGGGAUCGAUAGAGAGACACAUCCGAACUAUCCGAGGGCAUCGAAGGAAGACGAGGAAGACGAAGAGGAUGAAAACAGACCUAUAACACGCGCAAGUCAACGAGAACGACCUGUUGCCGAGCCACGCACCACCCCACUCAAGUCAUCCAAAUCCAAGUCAUUGGUAGGGAAGAUGAGCGACAAGGUGAAGCGGUUGGCGAGGUCAAUCUCGAAUAAAAAUGGUAAGUGA